UUCACUCGCGAAAGCUAUCGAAGGCGCACGCUCAGCCGGUGCACACGGUGUUUCGAACGCACAGUUUCACCACCACCACUGUUUUGGGUUGUGUUUGAGGUUGGCCUAUUCGCUUGGAGUUUGCUCGUGCUCGCGCUCUCUAUCCUGGUCCGGGACAUCCGGGUGUGCUGUGGAGUGCUGCUGCGAUUUUUUCCCCGGUGCAAAGCGAUUUGUUGCUUGCUUCCCCAACAGAAAGGUGUCCUGCAGGACGUAUCCGUGCGUUCGUGCGCGCGUAUUUUAACCAGUGCGUGUGUGUGAGAGAUAUAUCCCUGCGUUCAACUUUGCGGAAGCGGUAGAACCGUGUGCGGUGUUCCACAGCAGCAGCAGAAAAAAAACCGAAUGUGAAAGUGUGCAGUUGGUGCAGGAGUGCAGGUGCAUGAUUGGCUAGAGCGUUGGUGUGCGUAGUGGCACAUGCAUCCGUAGCGGCCGUGCGUCUAGGAAGGAAGAAAAGUUUGCUGGAAAACAAGUGUGCGAAACAAAACGGGGUGGAAGAAAGGAAGCAGAGAAGCACCGAAGCAGUGAAAAACCCGCCCAGAGCCUCACUGUUUGGAGAAUUGUUGUAGUUGGAAAAGAAAAUUUGAUGAAGUAGCGAGACGAAAUUGUCACCGUGCGUGCGUGCGCUGAACCCGUUGGUGAAUUAGCAUAGCUGAAGUGCAAAUCCGAAAAAGCCCAACUGCUGACCGAAGGCACUUUUCGUGGGCAAAAAAUCAAAGCUACGAAUAGAUCACUGCCACCGAGAGAGAGAGAGCAAAGCUUGAUUUUUAAUUCUUCAUACAAAAGCUUGGGAUCCCUAGAGGCCACACUGCCGCGUGAAAUGGUGUCACGACGCAAAAUACUGUCCCGCUCGCGGGACGACCUCAACCUGGACCAGUCCUACAUCACACAGGAGGAGGAGGAGGACGUUUGGUACCAGAAGGAGAAGCUCUACAAGGAACAUAUUCAGGAAGUGCUGGACAAAUGGACACAGAUCGACGACGAGAUCUGGGCCAAAGUGAUCGUCUUCGAGCGAAACCGGCGUGUGGCCAAAGCGUACGCCCGUGCACCGGUUCUGACGAUUAACGGCUCCGAUGAUGGAUUCGAUGGCAUGAGGAUUGGCCUUUGCGGAUUUGACAACCCGAUGCGCGAUCACAAAACCGAAGAAGUCAAGCGACAUGUCGGACAGGGCGUCAAGAUCAAGAUGGACGACGCGGGCAACAUUCUCAUCAGACGCUACUCAAAGAGCAACGUGUACGUGAAGAGCACGGCCAACCAGCCGAACGAGGAGACGGCCAUCGGGGCGGACAUUCUGAAGCUGCCCGGCCAGGCUAUCGAGAGUGAAAAGAUUGUAAAGCUGUUCGAUAUGAAGAAGUUCCAGUCGAACGUGAACCGUGAGCUGCGCCGUGCCUAUCCGGAUCGCAGACGGCUCGAGACGCAGUGCCUGUCGGCGAUCGCGUUCGUCAAGUCGGAGAACGACAUCCUCGAUUGCCCGAUGUGGGUACUGAUCAUCAAUGUGGUUGCAAUGGAUAUGCUGAAGAGUAAACUACCUCCCGCCUUUUUCCUUCCUCCCGCCCGACUACCCACCUCGAUCUACGGUGCAGUCCAACGUCCGGUUGACAUUAAGAACCGUCCAAGAAUUCCGAUCCCGGACGAAGAUCCGUACAGUGUGGCCGGCAACGGUGGCGGCAGCUCCGGUAGCUCCGGUUUCGGGGCCAGCGGGUCCGGCCUGGUUGCGGCGAGCCGGGAGCAUCUGAUGCAGCCGGCGCAACCGAUGGGCGGCCAGCGGCGCAGCGAGAAACCGCCGAAACUACCUCCACGUGACAAUCUGUACGCAACGCAUGAAAUUGGCAAGCCGGAUUAUGAUGACAUCGAGGAUGAGAAUCGCGUCAAGCUUCCGCGAGGCAAAUCAGACAAGGGCAAAGACAACAAGAAGUAUGAUGAUCCGUACUACUGCGGACUGCGGGCUCGAGUGCCAAACUUUGUCAAAUCGUCGUCCAAAUCGUCGAAGGAGAACAACAACAACGGUCCGAAUGCGGCCGUCGGUGUUGGUGGCAGCAAGGAAACGGUCGCCUCGAAGCGGCUGUCGAUCGCCCAUAUGCAGCAUCCGGCCUCGCUGCAGUCACUGCACCAGCUGCACCAGAUGCAUCCCCAUCACAACCUGAUGGCCGCCCACCAGCACCAUCAGCAGCUGAUGUGGCACGCCCGAAGCUACGAGAGUGGAAUCGAUACGGACGUGGUCGAGUCACCCUAUAGUCACAUGUACGGCCGUGUACCGCUGCCAACACGCGGCUACAUACCGGCACCGAGGGCCAUGUACAUCGGCGAAUGGGACUAAAAGAGAGAGUGAGAGAGAGAGAGAGCGGUCGUGGCCGGGGCCAAAGCCAAUCCCCGUAUUCACUCUCUUUUAUAGUACAGGCUUAAGGAAAAUUGCAGCAGCGGAGAUCCGGAAUGCGAGUUUGUUGAGGAGAUAGGCCCCAACCAGAGCAACAACCCGACAACCCCCGACACUCGUGUUCUAAUCUCUCUCUCUCUCUCGUAUCCAUCGCAUUACUUCGCAAAAGGGACAGCACACAAUCAACAACAGCGACAGCGGAGAGCAAGCGGAGAGAAGCACUGAACAGCGUGCUGGUUUGGGUGUGGCUGUGGCAAACCCCACAUUCGGAGUACUGCCUGGUUUCACUUCUUUUAACUAAUAUUCUAGAUUAUUAUUAAUAUUAUUAUGAGUAUGUAGUAAUCCGUUUGGGGACGAACGGGGCUCAUAGGGUGAACGGUACGGUCGGGUGCACAACACCACCUUCCCAACCCUUCCCGCACGUCUCGCUACGGUGUCUAGCAAUUAGGCAAAUUUGUACAUAAUGCAUCGCGUAACCCUCUUCCCCGAUUUGAUUGAACCUCCUCUCCAGCCCAGCGCAGAGCGAACGCUACGAAAGCAAUACUGAUGGAAUAUGCGAAAUCUGCACUGGGGAAGUGAUGUUGUGCCGAGAUUCGCUUCUACUGCUGCUCCACAACCACAAGCCGACAAGGGAAUAAGCUCUAUUUCGAUGCUCUUUCUUAAUUCCCACAUCCCCCACUAUAACCCUGUGUGAAUCGGUGGAAAAUUAACGUAAAAGUUAUGAAAGAGGAGAACUGAGUGCGAUCGAACAGGACGGACACCUGUGCUGAUCAUUACUACUACUGCCGAGCAAAAGCUACUAAAUGCUGCCAAAUGAAUCUGACAGCUGUCAUCAUCAUUUCCACACUAAGAGAGACUAUCCCUAUGGACUGAUCGUUCAGUUGUUGCUCACAUUGACUGAUCACGCUACUAGAAUACAUUCACCUCAGAACUAAGGAUCGCCCGAUUCUUACCAAACACUGCCAGCAAUAGUAUCUCAACCGAAUCUCAUCUCAACCCCUACACCAAGCUCAUAGUUUAUACCCACUCUCGUACUGUCCACCCCAAGGGGGAAUUGAAUGAGGAGGCAUGGAAAUGGACGACCGACGAUCGCGAUCGCGUGUUACAGGCUUGUGCACUCUAGGAAUAGUUUUCAGUCAUAGCAGGUACUCCUUGUCUUAAGCGUACGUACGUACUACUACUGUUGUCUUCUAAAUCUUCCUGUAAAUAUGAGACAUUUGAAAAAGGGAAAAUUAAACGAUUAUUCACGUGAUGUGUCGAGCACAUCGAUUCGUACGGAGGUAAAACAUUUAGGGCCCCCUCUUUAGGUAUUUUCGCUCCCACAAGCGCUAGUGUGUAAUUCAACCUACUUUCGGUGUAUAAGUUUUAACGUUUCCAAACACAGAUACAGCACUGGCACAGCCCCACCGGCUGGUACGCUGGUUCUCUGAGCCACUGAUUGGCCACUCAUUUUAAACUGUAUCCCCCCCCCCCCCACCUCCCACUUUGCUAUCAUCUGCUGAAUGCGCGCACAAGUGAAACCACUACGCCGCAAGUCAAACACGUAUGCGCAAUAAUUAUAGAAAUAAGUAAGUGGCAAGUAAAUCUCCAUUCGACAUUGCAAGCGGAUGGAGAUGCGGCAAGAUUUGUAAGAGAAGUUCGUUUAAUUUGAUGUACUGAUGUACUAACUCACGCACGCCAACAAAUGAUGAUAUAAUACUCAAAUACGCGACCGCGCUCUUUUUACGUACGAUUCUGACCGAUUUAGUGGCCCCCAAACCGUCCCUGGCGGGGAAAGUAGUAGGAGGAAGUUGUUUAAAAUGGCUCCACGUCGUGACUAGCUAGUUGCAAGCUAGUGAGCCUAGAGAGCAUCAUAUACGAAGCACCACUGCAAUGGCUAUAAACAACGGCAAUCCAGCACUUAUUGUACAUUGUCUACUAGUGGAAACGUACACGGGGCGAGCGAUAAACUUAGAGAUGAAUCCUUAAACCGGAGUGGAAGGAGGCACCGCAGCACGCGUCCGAUGGGCGGUACGGUAUCACCUUCCGCUCGACAACCUAACCUUUACUUAUAGGAAGUGAUUAGCGUAAUAUUGGUAGAUUGAUGCUAUAUGCAGCAGUAAGGUGGUGACCCACGAGAGCGAAACGAAUGAGGGAAUGAUCGUUCUCGUGCACUUUGAAGCAAAACAUUAAACAUGAUCACACAUCACCGAAGUGCAUGAUGUGUGGAAUGGAAAGGGCCUGAUCCAGUCCCCGUUGGGCUAAGAGGAACCUAAUAUAGAACGUAGCAAGGUGUAUUCAUACGCGCAUAUCUAUACCGCUCUCGUACUGGAACUGGAAGAGAAGUCUAAUCCUUUUAUUUUUAAUCCGAUAAGCGAACACACGUUAGAAAUGAACACAUACACGCAAAAAAUACACCUGGUGAAAGGGCUCGGUUAAGCAAAAAAAAAAAAACACGUUCGAUAGAAGCGACAGCAAAGGAAGGUAGCGCCAUUCCCCCAGCACACUCUCGAAGGCAAUCGGGGACCCACUAAGAGGACUACUUAUGGGGAACGCGCGUUGCUAGUAGUAGUAGCAACAAUAGAUGUAACAAUGAUGAUUGUAUUCGAAGAUAUUUUAAAAACCCAAACCCCAUAAUUGUCAUCAUGGGACAAGCGAGAUAGUGGACCGGAAGCCGCGACUCCGAUGCUUAGACAGCUCACUGCUUAUUAUCACGCUACGUGUAGUAAUCUUUGGGGCAGCAUCCGAGGGGUUUGAUCGAGCUAUACGAGCACGCGAAAGGAAAGCCGUUUUGGACAGGAGGUCCAUAAGCAUGAGCUAAGCAAAUAUUAGUUAUUUUUCCUAUUCCAUCUUUUGCUCCUUCUCUUGUCCUGUCUAAAUAUUCUGGAUUUUUGAAAUAAAAUACUAUUCUUAUAAUCGA